UUAGGGUUUUAGCAGUUGCUCGUGUGACGGAACUAAAAAGCAAGAGAGAGAGCAAAGGAGGAGUCGAAACUCUCUGAGAGAUUUGCAAAUUAGGGUAAAAAAAGUGAGAAUGGUGGCGGACAACAAGAGCAAGAAGGCGAAGACCGAUGAGGAGAACGCCGAGCAAAUCGACGGAGAGCUUCUCCUUUCUAUCGAAAAGCUUCAGUCCAUUCAAGACGACCUCGAGAAGAUAAACGAGAAGGCUAGCGAUGAAGUGUUGGAAGUGGAGCAGAAGUACAACGGUAUAAGAAAGCCUGUCUAUGACAAGCGUGCCGAUAUCAUCAAAGCCAUCCCUGAUUUCUGGCUCACUGCUUUCUUGAGCCACCCUGCUCUUGGUGAUCUUUUGACUGAAGAAGACCAGAAGAUAUUCAAAUAUCUAAGCUCUCUGGAUGUUGAGGAUGCCAAAGAUGUGAAGUCUGGAUACUCUAUCACUUUUAACUUCAAUGCCAACCCUUAUUUUGAGGAUGGGAAACUAACCAAGACCUUUACCUUCCUCGACGAAGGGACAACCAAAAUCUCAGCCACACCUAUCAAGUGGAAAGAGGGCAAGGGCUUGCCAAAUGGUGUGGACCACGAGAAGAAUGGAAACAAACGUGCAUUGCCUGAAGAGAGUUUCUUUACCUGGUUUAGCGAUGGUCAACACAAGGAAGAAGACGUUGAAGUUGAGAUUCACGACGAGGUUGCGGAUAUCAUCAAGGAAGAUUUAUGGGCCAACCCUCUCACCUACUUCAACAAUGAGGCUGAUGAAGAGGAUUUUGAUGAUGAAGAUGAUGAGGGGGAAGGUGAUUCUGAUGAAGACGAUGAAGGAGAAGGCGAAGAUGGUGAGGAAUGAUGGGAGAGGCUUUCCCCGGAAACCACAUUUGCUUACAUGUCUUUCUUCUAUAACAGAGUGUGUUGAAAGGGUUUUAAUUUUAAUUAAAAUGGCUCAUGACAAUAACAUACAAGACUUAGCUUUUUCAUAUGCUUCGAGAAAAAUACAUUUUUAGCUAUUAUAAUCUUUUGUUUCUAGGAGUACCAUUUUCAGUCUUUUGUUGCAGAGUCCUGCUUAAAAUGUUUUUUAUUGUCUUCUACUGUUCUUAUAUAUAGUAUCUCCUCUCUCUC